AUUAGAAAAAUAGAUGAUGAUUUUGAAUUCAUCAUUUCUAUGCAAUAAAAGACAUAAAAUCAAAGGACCAACAAGGCCAGAACCAGGUAGGGUCCAAGUGUCCUAGUGGAGCAAUUGCGCUUCUCAUAUUUCAGGACAAUUUGAACUUCCACCUCUUCUAAAAUACCAGUUUUGAUCCUCAAGUUCAAUUUCUUAUUCUUGUUCUGAUCAAUUAAUUAACAAACUAUUCGAAAAGAAGCUCCUUAACGAAUCACACACGAAAAAUGAACGUUUUUUUUACAGCCCCACUCAAACACGCCAACGAUGACCUCUGAAAUCAUUUACAUUCAAACAUGCGCGCGUCAAAAAAGUUCCCAUCGCAGAAAUUUCUCCCUUAUUUAUGUACCUAACAAUUAAAUACAGUGUGUUACAGCUUUACUCAACAACUCCCAAUCGAUUAUCAUCAUUAAUUUCCCUCUAUAAAAAAGCCCUCCCAUCCAGUCAACCAAUCCGAAUCCAAAGUAGCAGAGAAAGAGAGAAAGAAAUGGAAGGGCUGAUUCCAUUUGUGAUCCACGCACUCAAGAAGAAUCGGAAUCAGAGGACUUACCGGUGCUUAUCAGAUGGAUCUAACGCCGGCGGAAGUAGCAGGAAGGCGAUGAUGGAUUGGACGGCGCAGGAUGGGUCGUCGCAUCACCGGAGGACUAGAUCGGAGUUCCCGACGGCUGCUACGGCGGAUCCGGGAUUAUUUUCCGGUGAUUCUCGUCUGGCUCCGUCGCGGAGCCUUAAGGCCGGAGAGGAAAGUUUCUUCAGCCCAAUCAGCCGUGUCGCAGAGCUGACUGCUCGACGAGGAUGAAACCAUAAAGUUACCGCGCGUGAAGA